GAGGUGAAGUGCGCCUGCGCCCCGGCUGCCAGUGCCCCGCUCCUGCUUAGCGUAGCGAGCGCCUCACCAGCGAGCUGGAUGCGGGGAAUUCGCAGAGCACUCUAACCAGAGAGGACCCAGUGCUGUUCUUGGCGAAGAAAAAAUUGACUGCACUUCCUUAUCACUCUCCGUUGCAUUAAGUGAAGGCCUGGAAGAAGCAAAGUUUGGAGCACAGAAGGUGACUGCCUGCACAGAGCCCAGCUGCAGUGCCCAGCAUGGACGGCUACAUGGUCCUGAGAGUGAUCGGGGAGGGCUCCUUCGGCAGAGCUCUAUUGGUUCAGCAAGAAAGCAGCAAGCGGAUGUUUGCCAUGAAAGAAAUAAGGCUUCCCAAGUCUUUUUCUGAUACACAGAAUUCUAGGAGGGAGGCUAUUCUAUUAGCCAAAAUGAAACACCCCAAUAUUGUGGCCUUUAAAGAAUCAUUUGAAGUUGAAGGACAUCUGUAUAUCGUGAUGGAAUAUUGUGAUGGAGGGGAUCUGAUGCAAAAGAUUAAGCAACAAAAAGGAAAGUUAUUUCCUGAACACAUGAUACUUAAUUGGUUUACACAAGUGUGCCUUGGAGUAAAUCACAUACACAAAAAGCGUGUGCUGCAUAGAGAUAUCAAGUCCAAGAAUGUCUUCCUCACCCAAAAUGGACAAGUGAAACUGGGAGAUUUUGGAUCUGCCCGUCUUCUCUCCAAUCCCAUGGCAUUUGCUUGUACAUAUGUAGGAACACCUUAUUAUGUGCCCCCAGAGAUUUGGGAGAACCUGCCUUAUAAUAACAAAAGUGACAUCUGGUCCUUGGGCUGCAUUCUCUAUGAACUCUGUACCCUGAGGCACCCCUUUCAGGCAAAUAGUUGGAAAACUCUUAUCCUCAAAAUAUGUCAAGGGUCCAUCCGCCCACUGCCCUCUCUUUACUCCUGGGAACUUCAGGAUCUUGUCAGGCAGAUGUUUAAGAGGACCCCAUCGCAGCGGCCUUCGGCCACCACCCUGCUCUCCAGGCGCUGCCUGGCGCCAGUGGUCCGGAAGUGCUUAUCCCCAGAGAUUAUCACAGAAUAUGGAGAACAGGUAUUAGAUGAAACUAAAUCACAUAAGAAUAAUGCACCAAGGAAAACAGUAGACCCCAGCAGAAUCAGGACAGCUUUGGGUAGUGAAGCAAAUGCAAUGCAACAGGAAAAGCAAAAUAGAAAGUGCAGUCAUAAUGAUUUUGAAACCCCUACUACAAAUUCAACAGAGAAUGCAUCAAGGAGAGUAACCAGAGGGAAGGAAGAAUCAGGUAAUUGGUCAGCCCAUUCCAGAAAAGCCAGUUCACCAAGUCCUCACAGGCGACAAUGGGAGACAAAGGACCCCAGUGCAGCUCUUUCAGCUUUGGAAAAUGCUUCCAUCCUCACCUGCAGUUUAACUACAGAGGGUGACAGAGGUGGUUCUGUAAUAAUGUACAAUGAAAAUAAUACCCGUAAGCAGUGGCUCAGAGAGACUCCUGACACAUUGCUGAACAUCCUUAGGAAUGCAGAUCUCAGCCUGGCAUUUCAAACAUAUACAAUAUAUAGACCAGGUUCAGAAGGAUUCUUUCAAGGCCCUUUGUCUGAAGAAACAGAAGCAUCAGACAGUGUCGAUGGUGAUGAGGGUUCUGUAAUUUUGGAUCCUGAGAGACUUGAACCUCGGCUGGAUGAGGAGGACACGGACUUUGAGGAUGAUGGCAGCAGCCACGACUGGGUGUCAGAACUGAAGGAGCGAGUUGGAUGGCAAGGCUCGUGUGAUGGAUAGCGCCUUCGUCAUGCGGGGAAGACAUUUCAAAUGAGGAAUUCAUGUUUGGAAGCAGAGGGAAGAUGGAGCAACAUUUAAUAUUUAAAAUUGUUCCUCACUUACAUGACAGAGCUUUUAAAACUUUAGAACUCCUAGAUGGACGUGGUGGUGCAUGCCUGUAAUCCAUUCACUUAGGAGACUGAGGAAGGAGGACUGCUGUGAGUUCAA